AUGCUGCCUGCCGUGGUGAAGCUCUGCUGUGGAAUCUCCUACCCUCACCUCAGGACCAUGGCAGAGCUCCGAAGAGAGGUAGUAUCCCAUCCCGUUGAAAGAGAGGAGCUGCUGUACAUAAGGAGUGGGCACGAGGCGCUGACCAAGGCUCACAUUGUUGAGGAUAAGAACGGAUGGAAAACAGAACUCACAGAGGACAACGGGGAUGUGAUCUACAGUAAAGUGUUGUCUGGGGACAGGAAGGUCUUCAGACUGGAGACUGUGUUAGACGCCACCCCAGAAGAGAUACAUCACAUCCUGUGGAAGGUGGAGCUGAUGCACCAGUGGAACCCAAGCAUCAAAAACAUCAAGGUUCUAAAGCAAGCUGGCCCGGAAACCAUGGUUACGCACGAGGUGUCAGCAGAGACAGCCGGCAACCUGAUAGGCCAGAGAGACUUCCUGAGUGUGAGACACUUCUCCAGACAGGAGUCAUGUAUCUAUCUGGGGGGAGCAGCCCACGCACUGGAGUCCUUCCCUCCUCAGAAAGGCUUCGUCAGAGCGGAGGACGGACCAACGUGUAUUGUCAUCGAGCCCCUGGCAGACGACACAGGCAGGAGCCACUUUACGUGGCUCCUCAACAUGGAUGUCAAGGGCUGGCUGCCAAAGUCAAUCGUCAAUCAAGCGUUGCCUCGAGCGCAGUUGGAUUUCACCCGGUGUCUGCGCAGACGGCUGGCCGACGGACCUACUCAGCGACACACAAACCACCAUGCUCCCACAGUGUCUAGAGCCAGACAACCAGCGCACACACUCUCUGACACACACUAAGUGGAGUUGAGCGCCUGGGAGUAGAGACAGAGACAGAGAGAGACUUAGAGAGAGACUGAAGGGCCUGGCUGCCAUUCACACACACAGAGAGAGACAGAACCGUCUGCAGGCUGGCUCUGGCCUUUCACUAGUAGCACCCAGACACCCAGAGGAGAGCCACCCACUGCUGUGAAGACAUGCCAGGGUGCCCUCUCUUUCAGGGUGUGUGACACACACACAUCUACACACACACACACUACACACAUACACUAAAUGCCGUAAAAGACAGGAAAUUAUUACCUACUUUAGCCAUAUUUUAUUUUUGCCAAAACAGUAGUGUGUAGUUCCAGUAGUUAGCUACACUGCUACACGGUAAAACAGUAAUGUGUAGUUACAGUAGUUAUCUACACCGCUAUAUAGCAAUAUAAUUAACUACUGAAAACACCACCAAGAUUUGAAUAUAGUUCAACUACCAAGCUACUGCAAA